AGGGAGAGGGAGGGGACUGGCGUUAUCGCACGGCGAUUUUUCCCGCACGGCGCCUCCUGACAACAAGGACAGCAGUUCCCGAGUGUCUUUCCAAAAAAUCCCAGUUCCACUCAUUUUUACAGCUUGAACAUAUUCUACAGGACACACCUAACACAUCUGCGCAGCCCGGCUGCUCAGGCGUUCAGUGAGUGUGUGACGGACGCGGUGGGGAGGCUGAGGGUACCAACUCACACCUCACGAUGGCCAGAAUGAGUUUCCUCUCUUUUCUCCUCUUUUGCUUGACUUCCGUUGCUCUUGGCAACAAAGCCAAUAAGCACAAGCCAUGGAUCGAGACAGAAUACCAGGGCAUUGUCAUGGAGAACGACAACACAGUCCUGCUCAACCCCCCUCUGUUUGCCCUGGAUAAGGACGCCCCUCUGCACUAUGCAGGUGAAAUCUGCGGGUUCAGGGUGCACAACGGUCCAGGUGGUUCUGGGUCGACCCAGUUUGAGGCUGUGGUGCUGGACCGCUCUACGGGGGAGGGCCUGGUUCGCUCAAAACAGCCCCUGGACUGUGAGAGCCAGAGAGAACACAGCUUCACCAUCCAGGCCUACGACUGCGGCGAGGGCCCGGACGGCACCAACAGCAAGAAAUCCCACAAAGCCACGGUGCACGUGCGUGUGAAUGACGUCAACGAGUUCUCCCCAGUGUUCGUGGAGCGUCGCUAUGAGGCAUCCGUCCCAGAAGGCCGUCUCUUCGACCGCAUUGUGCGCGUUGAAGCGCUAGACGCGGACUGCUCCCCCCAGUACAGCCAGAUCUGCUUCUAUGACAUCAUUACCCCGAAUGUCCCCUUUGCUAUCGACAACGACGGAAACAUUAAGAACACUGAACCACUAGACUCGAAGAAACAACGUGUGCACACCUUCUGGGUGACAGCGUUUGACUGUGGGAAGAAUCGAGCUCAGGCUGAUGCCCAGGUCAUAGUCACAGUCAAACCCUCCUGCAAGCCUGGAUGGAUUGGCUGGUCGAAGAGAGUUGAGUACACACCUGGUUCUGGCAGUGUUCCUCUCUUUCCCAACCUGCACCUGGAGACAUGUGAGGAGAGCGUUUGGAACAUCCAAGCCACCGUAGAGCUUCAGACUGGCCAUAUCGGGAAAGGCUGUGACCGAGACAGUUACUCUGACCGCUCUGUGAGAAGACUCUGUGGCGCUGUGAGGGGCGAGGUUGACCUGCUCCCGCCUCCAUCUCCAGCAGCCAAUUGGACAGCUGCGCUGCCUACCUUGCCAUCUUCAGAUUCCUCCCUGGUCUUUUCCUUCAACGGGUCGUCCCACGUUGCCGUGGUGCCUGACUCGGUUGCGGCGACUGUCUCAGGAGACCACUUCACCCUCCAGCUGUGGAUGCGGAGAGGCGGGACCAGCACCCAGCAGUCAACCAAUCAGGCGAGAGGGACUCGUAAAGAAGAGGAAAUUAUUGUCUGCAGCACUGUGAAGAAUGAUGACUCGUAUUCCCACUACUCGCUGUCUGUGCAUGGCUGCCGCCUUUCUCUGUUCUACUGGCCGGAUGUGUCUUCUGCGCGGCCUGUCAAAUUUCUCUGGAAGCUGGAACAGGUGUGUGAUGGUGAGUGGCAUCACCUGUCCCUCAGCGUGCAGUUUCCCUCUGUCACACUUUACGUCGAUGGCGUGACCUUUGAUCCCGCCCUCAUCCAUGACAAUGGAGUCAUCCCUAACCCGGCCCCGCGCCAGCGGCUGGUAAUUGGAGCAUGCUGGGAGCCAGAGGAUAAGCAGAAAGACAUUCUAAACAACAGCAUCCCUGGACACCCGGACAUGGGGAAGUUUGUGGGUGGUUACCGGGGCCUGUUGUCAGGAGUGACCGUGCGACCUGGAAGUGUUGAGCCUCACAGCGUUGUGGAAUGCCUGUACGCUUGCAGAGAGGGCUUGGACUUCGGUGACCUGGAGACACUGGGUUCCGGCAUGAAGGUCCACGUGAACCCCAGUCAGUCUGUGUUGGUGCUGGAGGGGGACGACAUCGAGAGCUUCAACCGUGCCGUGCAGCAGGUGACGUACAGGAACUCCCUGCGCUUCGCCACGCCUGGGGUGCGCCCGCUCCGGCUCACGACCUCCCUCAGGUGUUCCAGUGAGGAGAGCUGUCUCUCACUCCGGCAGCUGGAGGGAUAUCUGGUGGUGCUUCAGCCUGACGCCCCCCAGAUAUCACUCUCAGGUGUGGGGCCCCACCUCGCCCGACCGGCCCCUGAAUUUGAGAGUCCACAUGGAGUCCCUCUGUUCCCUGAGCUCCGCAUCGUGUGUUCCCUCUCUCACGCUGUAAACACAGCCGCCCAGGGCAUGGAGGGAGGAGCUCUCAUGUCAGAUGCAGUGGCCCACACUCUGGAUGGCUGUGAAGUCCAACCCCUUGGGGAGGAGCUAAACCCAGAGAAGGAGGAGCUUUUGGUUGACAUGGAGUCAUUAAGAGAGAAGGGGCUGGACAUCAUCAACACAACAGCCUACAUUGCCAUCACUGGGGCGGAGUCUAUCUCGGUGUAUGAGGAUGUCCUGCGUUCAGUUCGUUACAGGCUAGCAAAAGGCUCCGCCCGCUUUGAGAGGAGAUUCCGACUGUCCUGUUCAGAAAUGAACGGACGGUACACCAGUAAUGAGCUCACCCUGGAGGUGAAUUUCCUGCACUCUCUGGAUAGUCUCUAUCACCCAUCACACCUCCUGGCUUCUCAGCAGCAGUUCCUCCACCCAUCACAUCACACAGGAGAGCUAAGCGGACACACACUUCCCAACCCACAUCGCAACUCUGUGGUACCCGGGGCUGCCACAGUCAUCAUCAUGGUGUGCGUGGGGUUCUUGGUUGUCAUGGUGAUCCUUGGUGUGUUCCGUAUCCGCUCCAUCCACCGCCGUGGUGACGGAGCAAGGAGUGGAGGAAAAGAGGGCAGUGGCCAGUGGGAUGAUUCAGCCCUCACGAUUAUCGUGAACCCCAUGGAGUCGUAUGAGAAUCGCAUGGGCAUAGCAGCAGAUACGGAGGGGGAAGGCGAUGAUGAAGAGGAGGUGGUAGAGUCACCUGAUGACACAGGCGAUGACCAGAGAAUCAUCAUCAAGAAGGAGGGAAGAGACUCCGCCCCCCGGCGCUACUGAGUUGGUCGGCACCACUUGCACAUAUGACAGACACAUGGACCGUACACGUGAAAUAUGAAAACCCACAGUAAACAACUGCACACAAAAAACAUAAAUAUCAUGCACAUGCGCACACACACACUUGCACAGCAUAAAUGUAUUUGAUAUCAGCCUUUGUGAAAGCAUUGUCUUUGGAAUGUAUGCUCAGACACACAUAUACAUGCAUACACACGUAAUGCACAAUGCAUACUGUCACACUGAUGCCCAGCCAAUGUCUAGGCCACAAUUAAGUCAAGACUCUAUAAUGUAUGUAUGGCACAGUGAUGUAAUUAUUUUAUGUAAACACCUGUCAGUCAUGUAGGCCAUUCAGUGAAUGUGAUCAUCACUGUAUCAAACACUGAAAACACCAGGUAUUACUACAAACGAAUGUAAGCUAAGUGAUUUACAUCAUAGAAAUUAGCCAUUUGAAAGUGCAGCAAAAUUGAGAUUAUAUGGUAAUAAUGCUUUUGAAAGACCUUGAAAUAAGAGUAGUGUGGAUCACUCGCAGCUGAGUUGUCAUCCUAACACAGUUCUCUUGGUCAAAUUCACAGUUUUAGAAAAUCGGUGUGUAGAGGUUAAUGACAUAAGCUAUAUGUAGAUACUCAGUCUCUUCCCUUCAGCAGUGAAAAUAAUGGUGAAACAAUUCCCAACACACACACACACACAGACAUACACACACACACUUGCCAUCUCACAAAACCAUGUUACAACCCGCUCUGCUGCAGAAUGUUAGCUCAACCUGGGCAGUUUUGAUUGUAUUUAAAUGUAUGUAAAUACAAAAUACUAUUAUUAUUAUUAUUAUUAUUAUUAUCAUCAAUAUUUUUGUCAUUUGCAUUGUUCUGAUCCAUACUUAGUCUUUGCACUUUCAGAUGGGGUAGUUAUUUUCUAUUUCUGUUAUCUCUUUAAUGACUAUAAAUUCUAUAACAUAUGGUAUAGUAAUAAUGAUAAUAAUAGUAUUAGUGAUAAUAAUAAUAACGAUUGGCUCGAUGAGUGUCUACUUAUUUGUGUGUUUAAGUGUGUAAUUUAAAGUUUGUUAAUAUCUGAAUCACAGUGAGACAGAAGGCACAUUGUUGUUAUAUCCAGUCCUCUUGUCCAGACUUUCCUCCACAGCCCUUCUUCUUUAGCUCUGCUUCUAAUACCUCCACAGAUGUCCGUUUUCUGAACGUACAGCUCUCUUCUCCUUCAGCCCCUGACACUCUCAUUCUCUUUCUCUCCUGUGUCUGCUCUUGCCCUCUUCGUCUGUGUCCGUGUACAGUGGAAACCUGUCAGUUAAUAAAAGCCUGUUGUUUUUCAAUGUGAUAUUAAGAAUGGAUAAAAUUGCAUUAAUAUCUUACAUUACUACUAUGGUUACUAUUGAGAUAUUUAAUUGUACUCAUUAUUGAUACAAUAACAUGAAUUAUUGACUGAUUGUUAUUGAUAAUCGUCUGAAGAAAAAUGUUGAAAAGUUCAUAAUAAAAACACUUGGAUAGUCAAAA